AGACACAUAUAGUGACUUGUGAGACCUUUUGAUUUAGAGAAUGGACAACAGGUCUCUCCCUUUUUACUUUAACCUCACCAUGUUCAUGAAUAUUGGACACCAGCGUUAUCCAGCCUUUGUCUUUUGCCUCCUGCUCUACAGCUUUAUUGUGUCUGCAAAUCUUCUCAUAAUCUGCAUAAUAUCAAGGGAGCAAACACUGCAUGAGCCCAUGUAUAUUUUCAUUGCAUUUUUAUCUGUCAACUCUGUGUAUGGUUCUACUGGUUUCUUCCCCAGAUUCCUCAUGGACCUUCUGUCUGACAGCCAUUUGAUCUCACGUCCACUUUGUUUCACUCAGAUCUUUGUUGUUUACACUUAUGCUUCUUAUGAAAUGACUAUUCUGAGCAUUAUGGCAUAUGAUAGGUAUGUUGCUGUUUGUCAUCCUUUACACUAUCACAGAAAGAUGACAUCUAAAACUGUCUAUACACUGGCAUUUUUUGCUUGGGCUUCUCCAGCCUGUAACCUUACAGUAACCAUUUAUAUGAUUGUCAGGCUUCCUCUCUGUGGUAACAACAUACAUAAGGUAUAUUGUGCCAGCUGGAAUAUUGUAAAAUUAUCAUGUGUUACUGAUGCUGUUAACAGUAUUGUUGCUAUGCUGGGGGCUGUAAUUGUAGCCUUUCUUCCUUUUGCUUUUAUCUUGUACACUUAUCUGAGAAUUGUGGUUGCUUGUUGGAAAAAGUCAUCAGAGGUCAAGGGAAAAGUAUUACAGAGUUGUCUUCCACAUGUUAUUUCAUUCAUGAUUUAUUCCAUCACAUCAUUUAGUGAUACAGCCCUGAGCAGACAAAAUCUCGAUGAGAUAAAUCCAUUUGUGGCUGUGAUUUUGUCACUAGAAUUUGUUGUCAUCCCUCCAUUUCUGAAUCCUCUUGUGUAUGGCCUUAAAUUACCAGAAAUUAGAAGACACAUUGUCAAGAUAUUAUGCUUAAAACAUCAAACAAAAAUGAAUGUCUGCAGACCAUUACCUACUGAGUCUGCACUGAUCCUGUGAAUGUUCUGCAUUAUUAAACUACCUACGGCGACAAACAAUGGAUAAAAUCUGUAUUAUCUCAGCAAAAAGACAAACAAUUGUGGUGUCCUUAUCAGCUUUAUUAAACUAUGAUGA